AUGAGCAACUUCACUCCAGACUCCAGCGGGCAGAGCUCUGCUUCAGGUUCAAGCUCGAUGCAUCCAGAAUUUCGACAAAAUCCGUUUUUAAGCGAAGCUGACCGAAAAAAAUGGGAUUUACGCAAGGUCGUAAAGAAUAUCGAACUUUCCAAUCCGUUGAAACCGCUUCGAGACAUCCUUAGAGAAGUAAAGCAAUAUCUGGUGGAAGUAGAGGAUCGAGGGAGCAGCUUGCAAGCGAGAGAAGCCCAAGAAAUUAUCACCAACUGGAAGGAUGAGACUCGGACCUUACAAUUGAAUAGAAAGGGGAAGCUCACCCAAAAAAGGGAACAUGGGUCGGCAAGCUCUGUUGGGGUCUCCAUUGGUCAUAUUACGGGCAAUGUAGUCAUCCACAACUCAGCCCAAUUACCGGCUAAUUCAGGCGAUGACAGUAGCUCGAUCAGUAGCGUUGAAGAGCACCACAACAAGAUGUGUCGCGUGUACCUGCAGGGUAGUUACGGUGCUGAGGAGGACAUGGACGAGCAAAAAGAACCAGCAAGAAAGUGGUUGGUCCAAGGCGAGGAUAUGACAGCCCACCUAAACAGAUACAGGAGGAAAUGCGUUAAAAUGGCGCAAAGCAAAACACACCUAUCAGACCGUCAUGUUCUUGCACUUUCGUUCAUAUAUCUUAUCUCGCCUAUCGACCACUGUGCUACAUCCACCUUGCAUUUGUGUGAACAGCAUGCUGUGUUUGAGGAGCUGUCGCAGACUCUCCCACGUGUGUCUAAAGACGUGUGGAAGAUUUGUCGAAAAGCGCGGCAUGCAGCAACACGAAACCAAAGCGUCGAACAGUUCCUUCGAAGCGAAUAUUCUGCAGGAGAAGAAUGUGAUGAGGAGAUGCAGCAGUGCGUGCAAAUCCUUUACAACCUGGUCCGAAUUCUCCCGGCCUAUGACAGUCAUCAGGUUGAUUCUUCGGUCAUGGCCGAAAGCCUGAAAGCCUUUGUGAAGUCGUCUCUCACGAUUGAUUCUGCAAAGGGAGAAUGGCUCCAUCAUCGCAUCCCUUACGUUGACAAUUCGACCGGAAUGUCCACCUCGCUCAAACCGGAUUACGUUAUGUACACCGAAGCAGGUGUGACCAAUUUCGAGUUGCUUUUUAUUGAAAUCAAGAACUGGCCCAGCAAGGGCAUCAAAGAAGAAACCGAUACUAUCAAGCUAGGCAAAGAAAUGAAGCUUGGUAUUGACAAGUUGGUGGACGAAGGGGUAGAAGAUCCUAUGACAGUUGGGAUGAUAGUGGAAGGCUGUCAUGCGAAGACCUAUUACAUGGAUCUAAGAUUCGACGGCUUAUACAGGAUGGUCGAAAUCUGCCAAUUCGAUCUACCAACGAACCGGGGGGACGAGCUGCUGCUUGUGCCACCAGUGCUUGAAAGAUUAAAGCAGAUGAAGGUGAUGACUGAACAAACGAUCAAGAAUAUACACGCGGCGGUGGAUCCGGCCCGGCUGAAAACGCCUUCCGAGGCUUUAGGCUUUCUCCGCUUGUCGUGUGGAACACCAACUGUGACAAAGAAGUAA